AUCCUCUCUAAAUAGUCCCCAAACUACGUACCUUUCUCUUGGGCAUGUUGUAUUCUUGGCGAUUCUCUUUCAGAUGGAACUAUAAAGUGUUUAGCUAGCUAGCUGUUGUGAGUUGGGUGCAUGUGAAGCCAAGUGUCUGCUGCUGCGUGGUCCGUGUAGUAAACACACAGGAACAGCCACCAGACUGGCUGAAUGGGGGGAGGGGUGCGGCUAAACGCAUGAUUGAUGUGCUCUCCGCCAAUUACGGAGCGCUAUUCGCAGCUGCAGAACACGGAGAAUUUGGGAACCGGUGAUGUUCUUUACGCGCGAAGUGCUUCUAGCAAAGCGAGGGAAGAAGAGCCUUGCUAAAAUCAUCUCCAUGAAAGAAUAGCGAGCGCUUGAUUAGUACGUGCGGACAGAUAACAUGAUUUGAUGGGGUCUAGAGGUUGUGUUUCAUUUAUGUCUUAUUUCAAUGGAACUCAAAGAAAAUUAUCUCCCUCUAUUCCAAGCAUCAUAGAACGACUGUCUUUUUAUUUAUUUUAUUUUUAAUUAACCUUUGUUUAACUAGGCAAGUCACCAUCUACUACACCAUUUUAACUUCUGCCCAAAAUAAGACGAAAAAUACAUCAACAUUUGGCUUCGUGCUUGUGGCCAACAUGGCGCCCUUCUUGCUCGACACAUUUUUUGUUUGUCGGCUUUUCUAAAUUAAUCUGAGGAGAGGGAUUGCAUACGUCGCAUCGUCCGGGCGCCUGUAGGUGGCUUCAGCUACAAAGCCCAGUGUGAUGAAUGGGCUGGUCUCCUUGCACCCCUGGCGGCCGAGGACAGACGGCACACCUCACUAAAACAUCCUCAGUUUUCCUCUCUCUCAGACACACCAAAUAGAAAGGGCGGAAUAUGAAUGAUCACCUUCAAAUGUGACCAACUAGCCUCGCAUUAUGUGCUUCUAUUAGCUAUUGUAAUUCAUAGCCAUUAUCUAACUGGACUAAAAUCCCCCCAAAAGGCCAGAUGUACCGGUAUUGUAGUGGGGAUGCAGUGUUUCAUGUCUGCCACUGGAGGGCGCUCUGAGACGCCCUUUAACCGCCAGCUGGUGCGACAUUGAAACCAACUGUAACUGGGUUCGAUUCUGACGUCAUUCUAAUGGAAGCUACUUCUCGAUACAUUGUUGCAAAGUGGAGCUCAUUAGGAAUUCAAUCAGACGGUGAAAAUAGACAUCACAUUGAAUGGACAGACUAGAAGGUUAUAUUUUUUUCUUGAAAGUUACAGUUCCUGACUCUUUACGUCCACGCAUUUAGGCUGUUGAGUCUGUGGUCGACUUUUUGCCACUGAUCAAGUCACGGUGACAUGAUUCAGCGAGAAACGGACGGUGUGAAAGAAUAGAAAGAGAACGAGAAGAGGGAGUGAAGAGAAGAGGGGCGGAUCGUUCAGACCAGGACUGGAGGAAGUUGUUUUGUGAGUCAUCGCUGUGAAACUCACAGUAUUACUAUUGGAACAGAGCAGAGCAAAGCAUCAUUCUGUCUGACUGGAGCCUCGGCGACAACGCACUCUAACAUGGUGAUCAAGGUCUAUAUAGCAACCUCCUCCGGUUCCACCUCG